UUCAAACAGCCAUCCUCCCUCUGUUCCCCUCUCCCUCUCCCUCUCCCUCUCCCUCUCCCUUCUCCCAUUUGUUUUCCUUCACAUUCCUCUCACCGUUUUCGGCCGGGCCUACAAUUUUGAUUUAAAAGAAAACCAUCUUGAGAAUCAAUAACGAAGGGAAAUUGAAAUCGGAUCGAAGGGUUGAGGGCGAGAGGAGAAGAAUGAGCACUAAGAAGAAAACAUCGCAGGGUCACUUGAGUAGAACACGCAUAGGAAAGUACAAUCUGGGAAGAACCCUGGGUGAGGGGAGUUUCGCAAAGGUCAAGUUCGCUGAGAAUGUCGAGACCGGCCAGUGUGUGGCGAUCAAAAUCUUGGAUCGUGAUCAAGUUCUACGUCACCGUAUGGUCGAACAGAUAAAAAACGAAAUCUCAACGAUGAAGCUCAUCAAGCAUCCCAAUGUCAUUAAAAUAUUUGAGGUUAUGGCGAGCAAGACAAAGAUUUACAUCGUGAUCGAGUUCGUUAAUGGUGGCGAGCUCUUCGACAAAAUUGCCAGGCACGGGAGACUCAAAGAAGAUGAGGCUAGAAGCUAUUUCCACCAGCUUAUUAAUGCUGUUGAUUACUGCCACAGUAGAGGCGUCUACCAUAGAGAUUUGAAGCCAGAAAAUCUUCUUUUGGACUCCUAUGGUGUUCUUAAAAUUUCAGAUUUUGGAUUGAGUGCUUUCUCACAGCAAGUUCGGGAGGAUGGAUUGCUUCACACUGCAUGUGGCACUCCAAAUUAUGUUGCUCCAGAGGUACUUAAGGAUAAGGGUUAUGAUGGAAAAUCAUCUGAUAUUUGGUCUUGUGGAGUUAUUCUGUUUGUACUUAUGGCUGGUUAUUUGCCUUUUGAUGAGCCAAACCUUAUAACCUUGUAUAACAAAAUUGGGAAGGCCGAUUUCACUUGUCCGUCAUGGCUUUCGCCUGGUGCAAAGAAAUUCAUAAAGCGUAUUCUUGAUCCAAACCCUCUUACACGUAUAACUAUCCAUGAUAUCUUAAACGAUGAAUGGUUCAAGAAAGGGUACAAACCACCCAAAUUUGAGGAGGAAGAGGAUGUAAAUCUUGAUGAUGUAGAUGCAGCUUUUAAUGACUCAACGGAACACUUUGUAACAGAAAGGAAAGAGAAACCCGAGUCCUUGAAUGCUUUUGAGUUUAUCUCUAGGUCUCAAAGCUUUAGCCUUGACAAGUUGUUUGAGAAGCCUACGGGUCAUGUGAAGCGAGAAACCCGUUUUGCUUCCCAUUGUCCUCCUAAUGAAAUCAUCUCCAAAAUUGAGGAAGCUGCAAAGCCUCUGGGGUUUAACGUUCACAAGCAAAACUACAAGAUGAAGUUGAAAGGUGACAAAAAUGGGAGAAAGGGCCAACUUUCUGUGGCCACCGAGGUGUUUGAGGUGGCUCCCUGCUUACAUAUGGUAGAGCUCCGGAAAACUGGGGGUGACACAUUGGAGUUUCACAAGUUCUACAAACAAUUUUCAUCGGGAUUGAAAGAUGUGGUCUGGAAAGCUGAAGACAUUGCUGAAGAGCCAUGAUGAAGAAAAACUGUCUUGCGUGGUUCCAUGUUCAUCUUUUGAGCUUUAGCCAAGCAAUGAUGUGGGUGAUUUCUAUUAUUGGUUGGGCCUCUGGGGGGUUAAGAAAAGAGUUCAUUUUUGUUUCCUUAGGAAGAAACCAAUUUCAUUGAAAUUUUGCAUUCAUUAGAAGGAGUAAAUGCAGUAUUUAGAGACGGUCUUCUUUAUUUUUUAAAUCUUUAAAUAAAGUUAUUGUGAUUUCAAAUAAUUGUGUUGAGUCCAAAAUUGGCAUAUCAGGUCU